AUGCCAGUUGCAUUCGGCUUUUCGGUUGGAGACAUUGUGAGUGUGAUACAGCUCACAGCCAAGGUUGUUUCGUCGCUAAAAGGGGUUGGAGGUUCCUCUUCGGAAUAUCAGCACGCCGUUAUAGAACUCGAAAGCCUGCAGAGGAUACUCGAGAAAGUGGCGAAGCUUACCAUCACAGGAGACAAUGCCGUGCACGUCAAUGCCAUUCGCGGUCUAGCCUUGGCCUGCGAGCCUUGCCUCCAAGAGUUCCACGCGAAGCUCAAGUCUUACGAGGCGUCAAUCGGUCCGUACGCUCCUAGGGGCUGCCUCAAAGGAGCCUUCCACAAGGUUAAAUGGGCUUUUCUGGGCUCGGAGGACUUCAGCCAAUUCCGCAAAUUCAUUGCUAUGAAAGUACUCUGCUUGAGCCUCCUGCUCUCUAUGCAUAUAUUUGAAUCUACCUCAAAUAGGAAUUCAAAGGAUCGAGCAGGACACUUCAGCCUCAUCGACGAGAUCACCAAAAUCCGAGAGAGCAUGGAGAGGCUCGAGUCUAAGAGUCAAGAAGAUUGCUCUCGACUUCAGUGUCAGGUCAGCCUGCAACCGAUACAAGAUAAGAUCGAACAUAUGGGUGACAGGUUGGAGAGCAAUUUGGCUCCUGUCUCGAAUGCAUUGUCUUCGGUUGCGAGGGCAGUUUUCACUUUCAAUGACGUGCUGGGACAGAUUAUAAAUUUCCUCGGUUCCUUUCAGCGCGACACAACGGCUGCUCUUCAAAGAGUCAUACAGACCAAUAUGCAGAUCUAUGCGCUACUCCUCGCCACUCAGAAUAGUCCAGGGAUGACUCCGCCGAUGCCCUCGGACUCCAUUCUAUUUGAAGACGCACUUGGCAGGGCCAUUACGCUUCCCUACCAAUGGUUCCGUCACUGGGAGGCCUUUGAAGGUCUCCUCCGCGCCGAGUUCAAGGGCGUCCCAGGCGAGUCGAAAGUGCUGGAAGGGCAAUACCAUUUGAUCGACAUCAAAAGACCCGAAGCGCUCAUAAAGAGGGAGGACUGGCAUAGAUCAGUGUUCCCAGGCUCUUCAGUGACCAUGUUGAUGAUUAUUUCCCAGAUUCGCUGGCAGGGAGGUUUAUGCCCACGUCCAAGCUGCGGAGAGCGGCGAAGGGAAUUGGACCAUCCGCGAGCAUUGGUUACAUGGCUUGAAGGCCAGGGGAAGCGUGUUGCAGUGCUGACAGAAGACGACGAAGUAAUGUGGUCACAGAAUACUCAAGAUCUGGAGAUAUUUGGAGCCAGACCUCUGCCAAAGGACCCUGAGGAAUCAUGUGCCGUUCUUGCGUUAUUGGAAUCCGCAGAUACAACAACAGCAGACGCGGGUGUCCCCAUCGUGAACAGUACUGCACAAAUUGCUACUCUCGGUGUAAAAGCGCCAACUGUCAACGAAACAAAAGUCAGGCCUGGCGCUCACGACCCAGUGGCCCAAGAAACCGAAUCUUGGGAAAUCCGACCGCAGAAUUCAAAACACCGCUGGAUCUAUGGCUCGCGCAAACAGUGCCUGUGGGCUUUGAUCCGAAUUUGA